GGGCGCUCAUGGCGGCGAAUGCUUUCCGUCGGUCCAGCGCGCGGAUUUGGGCCGCGGAGCCGGAGAUUCAAUUUGAGCUUGAGUAACCAAGAUGCCCCAAAUCCAACUUGAUGGGAUUAGUAUAGAUUUUCCAUAUAUUCCGUAUAAAUGCCAGGAGGAUUAUAUGUCCAAGGUGAUAGAAUGCCUACAAAAGAAGGUGAAUGGAGUUCUGGAAAGCCCUACAGGGACAGGAAAAACACUUUGUCUUUUGUGUGCUUCUCUGGCCUGGAGGCAACAUUUAAGAGACAGCAUUUCAGCAAAUAAAAUAGCCCAGAAGUUAAAUGGUGAUGAACUUUUCAGUAACAGGCCUCUAUCUUCGUGGGGCAGUGGAUCUGUAGAUGCCGACUUGGGGUAUGGUGAUAUUCCAAAGAUCAUUUAUGCCUCAAGAACUCAUUCACAGCUCACUCAGGUUAUUAAUGAGCUAAGAACUACCUCAUAUAGACCAAAGAUGUGCGUACUUGGAUCAAGAGAACAGCUCUGUAUCCAUCCUGAAGUAAUGAAACUGGAAAGCAAUCAUGCAAAGGUCCAUAUGUGUCGAGCAAAAACAUCCUCACAUACCUGCCACUUCUAUAACAAUGUUGAGGAAAAGAGUACUGAAAAAGAAUUUUCAGAGUCCAUUCUUGAUGUAGAAGAUCUUGUUAAGAGUGGCAACAAGCACAGAGUUUGUCCUUACUAUUUGUCUCGAGCGUUGAAGCAGGGCGCUGAAAUAAUCUUCAUGCCAUACAACUACUUACUUGAUCCAAAGAGUCGUAAAGCCCAUGAUUUAGACCUUCGUGGCACGAUAGUUAUUUUUGAUGAAGCACAUAAUGUGGAAAAAAUGUGUGAAGAGUGUGCUUCAUUUGACCUUACUCCUUAUGACCUUGCUUCUGGAAUUGAAGCAGUUAAUAUGAUCUUGGAGGAGGAAGCAAAGAAAUUAGAACACAUUGAAGGCAACACAGACUUCAAUCUUGAAUCAGUCAACUCAGGGCUGAAAAUGGAUUUGAGUGACCUGGCCAAAAUAAAAAAAAUCCUCCUUGACCUAGAAAGCACAAUAGAUUCAAUUGAAUUAUCACCAAAUGGAAGUGGAGUGACCAAACCAGGAAGCUUCAUCUUCGAAUUAUUUGCAAAAGCCCAAAUUACUUUCCAAAACAAGUCUGCAAUUUUAGAAGCAUUGGACCAGAUUAUGAGUGCUCUGUCAGAACGUGUUGGAAUAUUCACCAAUACAAGUGGUUUGCAGAAGUUAGCAGAUAUUCUGCAGAUUGUUUUUUGCAUAGAUCCCCCUGAAGGUGGUGUCCAAGACCGGAUGGGACUGAAUGCAGCCAAACAUUACAAGGUUCACAUACACCCAGAUAACAGUGGGAACAAGAAGCAGCAGAGAUCUGAUUUAUGGACUUCAUCGGUUACAAGAAAACACGGAAAAAUUUUAAGUUAUUGGUGCUUCUGCCCUGGCUACAGUAUGGCUGAGCUGGUUCGUCAAGGGAUUCGGUCCAUCAUCCUCACAAGUGGUACUCUUUCUCCACUGUCCUCUUUCACAUCAGAAAUGCAAAUUCCUUUCCCUGUAAGUCUGGAAAAUCCUCAUGUAAUUGACAAACAUCAGAUAUGGAUUGGGAUUGUUCCAAGAGGCCCUGAUGGAGUCCAGUUGAGCUCUGCAUAUAACAAAAGAUUUUCACCUGAGUAUAUGUCUUCCCUAGGAAAAACAAUGAUAAAUCUAUGUAGAGUGGUGCCAGAUGGUUUGUUGGUGUUCUUUCCGUCAUAUCCAGUUAUGGAAAAAAGUCUAGAGUUUUGGAAGGAAGAGGGAAUUUCCAAUAAAAUAGAUGAGAUCAAGCCUAUCUUUGUGGAAGUAAAGGGCAAAGGAUUAUUCACAGAGGUUAUGGAUGCAUACUAUGAUAAAGUAAAUAAUCCAAAGUCAAAUGGGGCUUGUUUCUGUGCAGUGUGCAGAGGAAAGGCCAGUGAAGGUUUGGAUUUUGCUGACAUGAAUGGGCGAGGUGUGAUUAUCACUGGUUUGCCAUUUCCUCCACGAAUGGAUCCAAGAGUAAUACUGAAGAUGCAAUUCCUUGAUGAAAUGAGAAGAAAUUGCAUUGGAGGUGUUCAGUAUUUGUCUGGACAAGAAUGGUACAGGCAGCAAGCUUCACGUGCUGUCAAUCAAGCUAUUGGAAGGGUAAUUCGCCACCGAAAUGACUAUGGAGCCAUUUUUCUUUGUGAUCACAGAUUUACAGGUACUGAAGUGAAAUCACAGUUACCGUCAUGGUUGCAGCCAUAUGUCAAAGUGUAUGAUAACUUCGGACAUAUAAUUCGAGAUGUAUCUCAGUUUUUUCGUGUUGCUCAAAAAGUAAUGCCUCCACCAAAACCAAAGAUGGUGACAUGUAGUGCCCAGUGCUCGGAAGUAAAUUCUACCUCAUCUUUUCCUUCUGCUUCUGUACAAAUUCUGAAGAAAGCAAAAACUUUAGAUUCUCAUGUCCCCAGCCUCAAAAGAAAGCGUACAGAUGGUCAUUCUGGGGAAGAUGGAAUGGCUAAGCUUUGCAUUGAAUAUGACAGAGACUCUGCAAGCACAAGAAGGAAACCCAAAAGUCUCCUUGAUGCUUUAGAACAUAGUGAAACGAACGCGGAUAAAGGGACUUCCCUAGGUGAGAAAAAGGCAGUUAAGAUAUCAACUACAUCACUUAAACAUCUGAGUGGAGAACAAAAAGGAGGCAGAAAAAAAAUCACACUUGUGAAUAGUUAUGGCUUUGAUGUGUUACCACCAUCAGAGAAGACAAAAGCAGAAAAAGCCAAAUUUUUCAUAGUAGCUGUAAAAGAGACUCUCAGCAAGGCAAACUAUGAGCGUUUCACAGAAGCAAUGCAGAAGUACAAAGUGACUGAUGAUUUUAAUGCCAUGUUAAGUGAAAUGGCCGCUCUUUUUAUAGAAGAUUCGAGGAAAAACAACCUUCUGCGAGAUUUUUAUCAGUUUGUUCGCCCACAUCACAAGAAGAUGUUUGAUGAAGCCUGCUAUAAUUUGACUGGUGAAGGUUGUGGAUUUAAACCACAGCAUGCCAUUCCACGAGAAGAGAGGCAGAAGAGAGAACACGAAACCGAUGCAGGUGGUGAAAAUAAGUGGAAAUUUGCGAGUGCAGAUUCCGACAUGAGUAAGUUCACAUCAACAGCAAGUUCAACUCAACAGCUAAAUGCUUGCACACACCUUAAUAAAGGUGGACAGCAUUUAAACUAUGGACCUCUUACCAAAGAUGAAAUAUCUAAUAAUGAACUAACCAGUUUUGCGGGCACAUCUAAAACAUCAAUUACAGCAGCAGAGCAGAAGAAGCAACAAUUACUUGCUGCUUAUAUUAAUGAUGUUAAGAAAGCUUUAGGACCUUGUAAAUACAGCAGAUUCUCGACAAUACUUCAGACGUAUAAAAGGACUGAUAACUAUGAAAACAUGGUGUCAGAAAUAGCAGCGCUAUUUACAGAAAAGUGUGAGGAUUUUCAUUUGCUAAGAAGAUUUUAUAUGUUUGUUAGAACACAUCACAAAACACAGUUUAACCAGAUGUGCAAAGAACUAACAGGAGCAGACUGUAAUCAGUUCUUCGAGAAGGAGCAUCAGCUUGAUAAACAAGGGGAAAUUCUGAACAAGGAUCAACAGAAGCUCCCUAAGCAUACACUUAUGACAGAAAAGGAAAUUGCCAGCAAUAGAGAAAAUGGUGAAGGAUCUGUUUCAACACAAUGUAAGAUUUCGGCAUUCUUUCCAAAGAGUGAGAAAUUAAAAGCAUCAAAUGCUUCAGGGACUUCAAACACUUGGCAUUGUGUUUCUGACAGUUCAGUAAAAAGCUGUCCCUCUGAAGCUCAGGAAAUAACAACAAAAACUAUACGGCCUCCAACAUCAACUGAAACACUGUUGCCUUUCUCCUCUGAUGUGAAUUUGAAGUUUGGAGAGUAAAAUGUGCCCUCGAUGCAAAGGAACCACCACCAGAAGAUACUUGAGGCAAGUUUUCUUUGAAACAGAUAAUUCACAAGGCUAUGACGGACAUUCAUGAAUGAAUACAGCUUGAAUAUGAUUCUCAGAGAGUGUCAAAGUGUAGGACUGUAAUUUGUAGCAACCAUUAUCAUUUUUUUUGUAAAAGGCACAGAGUAUGUGAAUAAUAAAUAUUUUGGUCAAAAAACAAUAUUUUUACUAAGUACACUGAAUGUUUUGACAUGAUUUUGUGGCAUAACUGUCAUUUUGAUUUUUUCACCUAAGUUAUGAUUUCAUAAAACAUUUACACUGCAUUGAGAAAGCAAAUAUUUUCUCAUUUUACUGUCUCAAUUUCUAAAUUUAAAAUAUUGAAGUAGAAUUUUUGAGUUAACAUACAAAACAUUAUGCAUCAUGUCAAAUCAAAAGAAACCUGUUAACAAUUUACCAAAAAUUAAAACCAAAUUGUGAAGCUGAAAAAAGUAUUCAUCCGCUUGGUAAUUACUACAGACAUAUUUUAUUGAUCCCGAGGGAAACUGGGUUUUGUUACAGCUGCACCAAUGAAGUAUAGUGAAGAAGUAUAGCAAUAUAAAACCAUAAAUAAUUAAAUAAUAAGUAAAUCUUGCCAAGUGGAAAUAAGUCCAGGACCAGCCUAUUGGCACAGGGUGUCUGACACUCCGAGGGAAGAGUUGUAAAGUUUGAUGGCCACAGACAGGAAUAUAUCAAUUCCUAAUAUUCCUAUGACGCUCAGUGUUAAAUUCUGGCUGAAUGUACUCCUGUGCCUAACCAGUACAUUAUGGAGUGGAUGGGAGUCAUUGUCCAAGAUGGCAUGCAACUUGGACAGCAUCCUCUUUUCAGACACCACCGUCAAAAGUCCAGUUCCACCCCCACAACAUCACUGGCCUUACGAAUAAGUUUGUUGAUUCUGCUGGCGUCUGCUACCCUCAGCCUGCUGCCCCAGCACACAACAGCAAACACGAUAGCACUGACCACCACAGCCUCAUAGAAUAUCCUGAGCAUCAUCCGGCAGAUGUUAAAGGACCUCAGUCUCUUCAGGAAAUAGAGACGGCUCUGACCCUUCUUGUAGACAGCCUCAAUGUUCUUUGACCAGUCCAGUUUAUUGUCCAUUCGUAUCCCCUGGUAUUUGUAAUCCUCCACCAUGUCCACACUGACCCCUUGGAUGGAAACAGGGGUCACUGGAGCCUUAGCCCUCCUCAGGUCCACCACCAGCUCCUUAGUCUUUUUCACAUUAAGCUGCAGAUGAUUCUGCUUGCACCAUGUGACAAUGUUACUAUGUUAAGUUUCCUCAGGAGCAAUAUAUUAUCUUACCAACUUAUCCAAUUUGUUGAUGUAGAAAACUGGAUGAUCACCUGUUUUCAAUUAAUUCAUAAGAAUAAAUAAGGUAAGGUCCAAUAGUAUGAUAGAUUUUCAAUAGACUGAACCAAAAUUAAGACAAGAGCAUUCAAGACAAAUCAAGCAAUUGAUAAUAAAGAAGCAUAUUCUGGGGAAUGGUAAAAGACUAUCUCAAAGGCACUGAACAUACCUUGGAGCUCAGUGCAAUCUAUUGUGAAAAGUGGAUAAAAUAUGAAACCACAUCUACACUGUCUUGUUCAGGCUGUCCCUCUAUACUUAAUUACCAGAGAAGCAUGACACUGUAAGAGAGGCGACUAAGGCACCAACCAUCAUUCUGAGUGAUCUGCAGAAACUAGUGGUUGCAACUGGAGAUGAAGUUCAUGGCUCCACAAUUUUUAAGACCUUGCACAAAAAGGGUAGUUAUUGGAGAGUGGCAAGGAAAUAGCCCUGGCUUAAAAAAAGGAUAUCCUUGCCUG